GGCACUUGGAACUCACACGUUGUGAAGAAUUCUGACCUGCGUAUACACCGGAUGCGAAUACCAAUUGCAUGGAGUCGCAUUCCCGUUGGUGGUGGAAAAGAUACCCUUUUCUUAGCAACGGAUGAAACCUCACAGAUGAGAAGUCCGGGCCCAGGAAGCCGAACACUUCACUGGAUACAUAUACAACACUGUAAAGGAAUUGAAUUCGAUACAUUCAAGUCUACAGCAUUGGACGGAAUAGACCUUCCGCUGAAUGCGAAAAAUAUGAUAGAAACAUGGAUUUCAGAUAUUUAUUCUCUAGAAGCGCAAAGGAUAUUCGGCGGGAAAGCUCUGGAUUCAUGUUUCCAGAAACAAAGGCUGUCUUCCUUAAGUGGACAGUCUCUUGUUUGUGUGUUCUUCGCCCUUCCCUACCUUCUUCUCAGCGAAAACUGCCAGUCUGUAGCGGAUAAAAAUGCCAAUACGGAUUUGCAUCCGAUCAGAGGAUUGGUUCAGUCGGCAUACCGGACCGACUCUUCAUUCGCUCGUGAAAAGUCGCAGGCGGUCCGCAAAGUGCUAGAUUUAGAGGGGAAUACGCUGGUCUACGUCCCGCAGCUAUGGGGUUUGAUAAUCGGAGAUUAUUACUUGGUUACCUGUGCUCCAAGUCAGCUCCAUACCCAUCGACAGAGUUCAAUUCUCCCUCUUCCCCUAGAAGAAUUUCCGCCAGCGAUCCGCCUAGUGCACGAGGAUGACAGCAUAUUUUAUAUCAAUCUGACUGAAUGCCCUACAUGGUUUGAUUUCUUGAUCAGGAUCCAUCACAUUUACUCGUGUUGGCUAAAGAAGCAUAUUGACGCUGAGAAAUGCAGGUUCUGCGAUGCAGAGACGGGCGAGGUUCUGACCGCUGACUCCUGGCCUUCUGUUUUGUAUAAAGCAAGGGCAUGCGGUACUUGCAUCACCGUUAUUGUUGUACUCUAUACACAACUGAUAGUGUCUCCUGGACCCAAUCGGGAGAAUGAGGCAUACUUUAUCGAGCCAGAUACCGAUACAAGGACAUGGGUGAGGGUUUCAAAAAGGUUUAUGGACGUGGAGACCUUGGAAGCGUUUAAUCUACCAUGGGCAGAGGACACCAAGGACUCGACAAUGCUCAUAAUCCAGACGUACGUAGAUGUCGAUUUUACUGAAGUUUUGUUCGAGCACACCCGGAGGUCCCGAAGAAUGAGACUAGAAGAUGAAGUUCGUGAGUUGCCAGAGAAUGAUCCUGAAGAUGGGAAAUCUGUUAAUCAAAGUGGACCUGCUUGGCAUUGGCCUGGUUGCUAUGAAAAGGACCCUGCCGAUGAGCUGAGAAGGGCCGAAGGCGAAAUACUCUGGACUCCAAAAUCAUCUUGGCUAGAUGGUUUGUUUUCAGAGAUUGACAACUACGAGAGCCCUGGUUCAGCCCAUGAUCCUUCGGGUGCUUCGAUCAAGUCCCCUAGACUGUCUACAGAUAGCCGAGCUCAAACAACUAUCCCGCCGUACCUAUCGUGGCCACUAGCUUCUGAAAUGUCUGCCCUGUCGCGCAGUCAAGGUCAGAAAGCAGUAACACGAGUACCCGAAUCACAGAAAACACACAACUCGAAACGUGUUUCCCCUUCGCUCCCUGUUAAAUUCCUGUACGCGGUGCUUCAAAAAGAGGAAGCCUUUGCAAAGCUGCCAAGGGCCAAGAAAGAAGAUCUAGUUGAAUUGCAAAUGUCGUUCUUCGGUGGGGUUCCAGCCGCGAGUUACCAUCCGGAAAUUGCAUUAUGUAGUUCUCUGUGCGACUUGGUCGAUCACUUUCUCCCAGACGGGACAGAAUCCUUACUCAAAGAUAAGAUCCACGGAGGGGUUCAUACGAUUCUCAAGGAGUGUUUUAUGUCCUCUCAGGAAACAAAGCUCAUCAGGCUCCCGCUCCUGAAGGACUUUGCUGACUGGUCUUCGAACAUGUUGAAGUUUUCUAGCGAAGUCCGUGCUGGCAUCCAGACCGAUAUGAGCCGCCUACCUCUUCUUACAGCUCAUGUAGAGUAUUUAAAGGAGCUGUGCAGGGUGGUUAGCCAGCUAUGCUGCUCUAUCCAACAGGCACUGUCGGCCGAAUCAAAUUAUAUGGGGACCCGACCGGAAACGAGUCACCCAGAGCCAGAUAUCCUACACAAAGCUUCAGACUUGGAUGUUCCCACAGAAAGCACUCCCAAGGCAGAAGAUGGGGACCCUGAUUUCAGUCCGCCUCCUGAGGCUUCCAUCACUGGAAUAUCCAAGAUAGAAGACCGACAAAUCUCUCGGAGUACACCCCGUCAGUCAAAAGGUACAGACGGGGCUUGGGGGAGUGACAAUCCUGUCCCAUCUCGUGGAACAUCAAGUCGCGCUGCUUCUGUUCAAAGCGAUCGUAGUAUUGGAAAUACGAGGACUCCUCAAAGGCGGACAACAGGCUCUCAGAAAUGGGCUGGGGAUGACACCGAGAAUGAUACAGAGCCUGAAGAGGAAAGAAAUCCCUGGGUUUACGGUAGCCAAACUAUUAAAAAAGCCGAAGAUCUACUGAUUGAAUCUAAAUAUUCGAUCAUCUGCACACUAACGGAGACAAACCCUCUAGAUAUUGAUGAGUACUUCGCCGUGGGACCCUCCCGUAUUGCAUCUUCGAUUUUGGAACACAUCUGCUUUGGGCUGAGUGACCUGGAAGGCGCAGGGUCUUUUCGUCUUGAGGAAGUUUAUCGGCAGUAUUCUUCUCAGUUGAGAAUCAAAGUGAGAGAUAAGCCUACUCGAACUUUGCUAGAUGACCUGGACCUUCUUGAGGAGGAGUUGGAAACCAUUCUCACGAUAAUGGGGAAGCAGAAGGCACUGCUCGAAAAGUUUACAUCCUUCGUCGACGAUCCCGUUUCCAAUUCCAAGAGAGGACCAAAAGAUGCAAUGCAGAACUGUAUCCGUGAGCUCGAUGACAAGGCAGCUUUGUACAGUGAAAUGGGCAUAGGAAUUGAGAAGCUAAGGAGAAGGGUAGUACGCCAAGUUGAUCUCCAGCAAGAUAAUAAUAGCAAAGCGAUCCUCGUCUUUACUAUUGUCACUGUCGUAUUCCUACCCAUGUCAUUCAUGACGAGCUAUCUCGGUAUGAAUACUAGUGACAUAAGGAAUACAGACCGCGAUCAGUGGCUGUUCUGGGCAAUUGCUGCUCCUCUUACGCUGUUCAUUGUUGGCGUGUGCAUGGCCGUUGCUUACGAAGGCGAAAGGAUACGCGAUGUAAUUGUGCAGUCUCUGGUCAAGAGUCGGAGGGAAACUAGGAGGAGCAGAGAGGAUAUGUAAUAUUGGCUCGGCAGACCUCUCGCAUGCCAUUCGAUCAGAACAAGAGUAUGGAACAGAUAUAUUAGACCGUUGAAUUACUUUUAGAUGUUCACCAGAUCUCUGAACAGGUCAGCCCGGGCGCUUGAGCAUCUCAGUCCGCUUCUUCAGUAGCUUGAUAUGAGUGAGAUGGGUUGAGAUUUGAGAGACUUCAUGGGACACUUUCGCAAUAUUACUAUCCCUUGACAAAUAUAAAGACGAUAUUAAAGGUCGCGACUUGCC